AUGAAAACUAAGAAACAAAGGAUCAAGCUUGCCGAUCUUGAACAAGAUGAAGGAGGGAAUAACAGUGACUUCUCCUACAUCCCCUCUAAAGCUUCUUCUGGUCAAAAGAAAAUUGCUCCUAAAACUAUUGGGAAGUCUUCAAACUCACUAAAGACUAUAAAGAAUAGUAACGAGACUUCGGAGGCUCCUCAAUACGAGGAUUCUCUUUUCGAAGUGGAUAAAAGUCUCUUAGUGACAUGUUGGAGUAGGUUCAGAAAAUGAAUCGGCAAAGUUACAGACCACAAAUGGUUUAAAAGAGUGCAUCUGGCUCUGGAAUUCUGCUAUAUAUUAUUAGUACUAAUAUAUUUGUACUUGAUUAUGGAAAUAGAAGAAGAUAACUCGAUUGUUUUAAUCACCCUGAUGACAACUUUCUUAUGGUUUUGAUUGUGAAUGUAUAUAAUGAACCUAAUUAUUAAUUGGAGAGAUCUCGAAUUAGCUCUAGAUACACUCCUAAUAUUAUUCACCAUAAGUACAGAUAUCUUCGAAAUUGUCAAAAGAGCUGAAGACUCAGGUUAUUAUACAGGAGGGAAUCAAGCAUUUUUGAAUAUUUCAAGAGUGCUAAGAGGAAUAAUGAUUCAAAGAAGAGCUUCUAACUUCAUGCAGGAAGUAAAAUCAAUAAUAAAUUCUAAAAGAAUGAUGAAGAAACUUAGAAGGAAGAACUCAGUCACCGAAAUGAUCAGUGAAAUAAUGUUUUAUCUUGGUAAAGACAAUUCAACUACACUCAAUCGAAAUUCUAUUAAAUUCGUAAAGAAGGGUUUACACCAUGUAAAAGAUCUAGUCAUGGCUAAAAGAACUCAAAAGGUUAAAAAGGACAACGAUGAAGAUGAUAAUGACCAAUUUGGAUAUAAUCACCAUGAAAGGAUGGAUGAAGCCGACGAACUUGAUAGAUGAGUAUAUGAGUUAGACCCAGAUAAAGAAGAGUAUCGCAAAGCAUUCCAAUACGAAAAAGGACUUAAGGAUGACAAAGUCAGCAAGCUUUUAAAAUAAGAUCGAAGAUUAUGACUUUGACAUUUUUGAAUUACGGAGUGUGACAGGAGGGAAUGAAUUGGUGACAGUUAUAAAUUAUUUGAUGGACCUCAAUGACUUCUACACAAAGCUUAGGAUUGUUAAAAAGAAAUUUAGACAAUAUUCUAUUGUAAUACAAGGGAUGUAUAAUCCAAUUGCGUACCAUAACAAAACUCAUGCUAGUGAUGUAUGUCAGACAUGAUAUUAUUUUAUGACGACAUGUAAAUUCAGACACAGAGGCCAGCUUUCUGAUCUAGAGGAAUGAGUGCUUUUGAUAUCAGGUUUUGUGCAUGAUACAGACCAUCCAGGAUAUAAUAACCAAUACAUGGUUGCAACAAGAGAUAGAAUUGCUCUGAGAUACAAUGAUAAAAGUUGACUGGAAAAUCAUCAUAUCUCUGUAGCAUUUUCCACAAUGCUUAAAAGAUCAGAGACAAGAAUAUUUGAAAACUUCACAAAUGAAGAGUUUAAAAUAAUGAGAGCAAAUAUGAUUGAUUUAGUAUUGGCAACCGACAAUUUCCGGCAUUUUUCAGAUCUCAAAUUUUUGCAACAAAGGAUUGCUAGUCCGGACUUUGAGCCAAGUGGGAAGGAUAAGCAACAUAUCACAAAUUAUCUUAUCCAUCUUGCCGAUAUCAGUAAUCCCACGAAGCCUUGGAAACUAUGUUACAAAUGGAUUGACUUGCUUUUUGUAGAGUUCUUUCAUCAAGGAGAUAAAGAACGAGAAAAAGGGCUUCCUAUAUCAUUUCUGAUGGAUCGUUUUGACACUAACAUUGCUAAAGCUCAGGGUGGAUUUAUAGACAAUUUUAUCAGACCAGCUUUUGAGCUUCUCUCCAAUAUUUUACCUGAAACCAAGGAAAAUUUAAAACAAAUGGAAGAGAACAAGGCUCAAUGGAAAGCUCUAGAAGACGGCUAUGAUCCUUCCAACAGAUUCACUCAGAAAGAGCUUGAAGACGACAAGAUAAUCGAAGAAGAUGAGGAGCUUUCAGAAAACUACUCCGAAGAUGAAGAGGAGGAAGAAGAAUUCAAUGAAAACGACCGAAUAUACCGAAAUCGGAAAGAAGAGGGGGAUACAGACUCAAUUGAUGACGAGUAGAUAAGCGUUUAAAUUUUUACUUGUUCCAGCACAGUAACAAAUUAAAUAAUCAUUUU